AUGGCUACCAGUGACCUCGCAUACUCUGUUGACCAAGAAAUUGCAGAUUUCUUCCAGAAGACGACAGUCACUCGCUCAGCCUGUGACAACUUUGCGAGGGAGCAUGUUGGUGGAAACAUAGUUCCGGUGGCCGUGCAGGGUGUGUGCAGCUAUACCGUCUAUGCGGGGAACAAUAACGAAGUCGUCGUGCAAUUCCGCCUUGCGUCCCUCCAGCUAAGUAUGGAGACUGCGAAACUUGCUCGAAGCAUCUACAGCCACUUUGCACCUCAAGUGACUUUUAUGGGACAGAUUGGAGAAGCUACAGAGAGCAAAGAAGCCCUUUCCAUCUACGUCAUGAGUCGACUCAGAGGCAUUAGUUACUUGGAUUUUAUCCUGACACAUAAUAGCCAAGUGCCCGAAACCUCGCCCGAGUUUUCUUCAUGGCGCAAGAAUCUUGUAAUUGACAUUGCGAGAUUCUUUGCCCUUUCGUGGAAACAUCCUCAAGAUGUUGGUCAAACGUACCGCGACGACUUGUACAGUCGAUACAAAAGUGAGCUGAAUUCGUUGCUUGCUUCUCUCCCAGAUCGCUUCCACCCAUCAAUCCAGGAGUGUCUCAACUCAUUACCCACCAUUUUCUCUCUUCCAAUGGUGCUAGUCCACAAAGACUUUGGUGUUUGCAAUAUUAUUGUGAACGAAAUGUCUUGCAAUCUUGUUGGGGUUGUCGAUUGGGCAGAAGCAGAGAUCGCACCAUUUGGCUUGAAUCUCUUUUCUCACCAGCGACUGAUAAGUAAGGUCCAUCUCAAGAAAGGCUGGGUCCGGUAUGACGAUUACGUUGUUUUGGAGGAUAUAUUCUGGAGCACGUUCAGAGUUGAAGCUGGAGGGUUAGGCAAUGACACAAUCAGAGCCAUCAAAUCCGCAAGAAUUAUGGGACUACUACUAUCUCGUGGCUUCACAAGUCGUCUCGCGAAUAUGCCGGAGCCAGUACCUAUUCGGGAUGAUGAGAGUGGAGCAUAUAACAUGCGUGAUCUAGAUGGGCUGUUAAUCAAUCCGGCUACAAGGUUUACAGAUUUAGCUUAG